AUGGUGGUGAAUCCUGAGUGGGGUAGAUGGCGGGAAUCAAACUCUAUUGGAGGAAAAUCUGUCAAACAAAAGAUUCUUGAUGACAAUUGGUGGUCCACUAUGAGAUAUGUUUGCUCUAUCAUCUCACCUAUUGUAGAUGUCAUUAGAUAUGCUGAUACAGACUCUCCUAGUCUUGGAGAGAUAUAUGAGACAUUUGACAGUAUGCUUGGGAAGAUUAAGCAAACAAUUUUGGCCAAGGAUCCUACUUUGGGGUUCUAUGAGCAACAUAUUAGGCCCCUUGUGACACGGAGGUGGAACAUAAUGAACACCCCGCUUCAUAUGGCAGCCUAUGCAUUGAAUCCCAAAUGGUAUGCACCAAAGGAUGGAAGGUUGCCUCCAUGUGACGAUGAUGAGGUUUUAGAUGGGUUCACGCGAGCCAUUGAUAAGAUAUAUAUAGAGGAGCAGGCUUCCAUACUUCGUGCACAAUUCCUUGACUUCACAAAUCUUCGUGGUCCUACAUUGAGUAAACCACAGGCGAGGUUGGACAUAGCUAUAUUAGCCCAGAGAGAACCUAUUGGAUGGUGGACAUGGCAUGGGAGGGAUACACCACAAUUGAAAUUGCUUGCCACUCGCUUACUUUCGCAGGUUGCUAGUUCCUCUGCUGCAGAGAGGAAUUGGUCCACAUAUGGCUUUAUCCACUCUAUCAAGAGGAAUAGACUUACCUCUAGACGAGCGGAGAAGCUAGUGGCCGUGCAUAGUGCUCUUCGACUUCAGGAUCGUCAGACUCCAGAGUAUCGACAGACUCCAGCUUUACGAUGGGAUGUUGAUCCCGAAGAUGUGGCCCAGGUUGAUGAGGAGGAGACACCACAGGGAUUGGUUGGGAUUCCAUUGGACGAGGUGGACAUUGACCAGGACAGUGGCAUAGACUCAGAGGACUCUGAUUUUGAUGCAAUGUUAAGAGAUGCAGAUUAG